UCUUAUAGUGAACUUAUAUUCACACAAAUCAAUUGUACACUAUAUAUAAAGCGAUCAUUUUUUUCGAUUAUCUAUUAAUGUUUUGCAAAAGAAUUAUAACAUUUUGUUCGUUAAUUCAUAAAACAAAAGUUUGUGUCAAUUCGCCAUUCAUUAGAACCAUGUCUACCAAAAGUUCGUACAAACAGAUCCAAGUCUUCAACUACUCCACAGACUUUGAUAAAGCCGUCCAAAUAGUUUCGCUGCCAUUAGUUGAUCCCAAAAGUGACCAAAUUUUAAUAAAAAAUCUUUUUGUGGGAAUCAAUGCAACUGAUCUGAACAUCACUGCCGGACGCUAUUUCAAACACGACGACCCGCCAUACCCUCUCGGCAUUGAAUCUUUGGGGGAAAUUGUCAAAAUCGGAACCGAUGUGAAGAACUACAAUGUGGGCCAACACGUUGUGGUGAAAUGUGGUGGCGGGCUAUUGAGGGGAUAUUCUGAAUAUCUGUACGCGACAUCUGCUGAUGGGCUGACAGUCAUCCCGAAACCAGAUCCCAAAUAUUUAGCACUGUUUGGCACAAGUGGUUUGACGGCGUCGAUAGGUCUGUCAGAAGGCGCCCGUUUGGCCAAAGGGGACAAAGUGUUGAUAACGGCUGCGGCCGGCGGUGUCGGACAUAUAGCGGCUCAAUGGGCGCUAUUAAAAGGUUGUCACGUAAUCGCCACCACAUCUAAUGAGAAGAAGGAACAGUUUCUUAAGCAAAUCGGUUGCCAUCGAGUUAUCAAUUAUAAACUGGAAAAUUUGGAUAACGUCUUAAAAACAGAAUAUCCGGAGGGAAUAGAUGUCGUUUGGGAGACAAUCGGAAGCCCAGUGUUUGAACAACUAUUUGAACACUUGGCCCGAAAGGGACGACUAAUCAAUAUCGGCGCCACUUCUGGCUACACAACCGUCGGUUACGCUCCCAUCAAAAUAGACGACUUUAUUGUUAAACUUCACUACGGGGCCAAAACAGUGAUCGGCUUUUUGACAUUUGACUACAAAGACAAAUAUGAAGAAUACGCCCAACAAUUGUCUCAAUAUUACGAGAAUAAUAAACUUGAAAUUAAAGUGGAUUUCGGGGUUAAUGUUGGAGAAGGUCUCGAAGCCGUGUCCAAAGGGAUUAAGCUCAUGAGUGACGACAUGACCACCAAAAUGGAUGUGUCAGAGGAGACAACACCCGCCGACACGACUCCGAUGGCCACCGAUGAGCACAACUCGACUGAGGCCACUCAAGUGAUGUCGAGAACUGUAAUGUUGGACACAUUGCUCAACGGAUUGAUUGCCACCAAAGCGUUGAAAGCCGUGAAGAAAGGCGUCAAUUGUAUGACCGGAUUCUUGGAUAAAAAGGAUCUGUUCUUUGAGAUCAAAGACGUUUACCACUAUCUGUGUGUCAUCAACGAGACAUCCAUCGAUAAACAAACGAUGCACACAAUGGCCACAGAUCUGUGCGCCUUCUUCGAGAAGAUAAUCGACGUCUGCUAUCAAUUGAAGUGUUUGGCCUCUCAUUACGACAAUGACUACCGAUUUUAUAAUUGCAUUCAACAUCUCAUCAAAUGCUUAAUCACUAAAUUAGAUGGUAAUUGUGAUGAUAAUAAUGUGGUCAAUCAAACCAUACCAACAAUGUUGAGAUCAAUGAUUGUGGUCGUAUCGACAAUUCACGGCCUCCAGGAGGCGGUCGUUAUUUCGGGAGCCAUUACAACACAACUUGUCCUCAAACGAGUCGCUAAUGGUUUGUGUGUGGAUAGCAAUGAAUGGAAAGGUCUAAUCGCUUGUUUGACAAAUGUGUCCAAUAUAUGGAAGCGAGUCAUUGAUAUCGACCAAACAGAUCGCCAAAGUUUGGGUAAUUUUGUGGUCUCUUUAGUAGACCUGUCAUUAGGAGGCGACCCCUUCCCCAGUCAUAUGGCGGCCAAAGCUGUCAAAUGUCUUAGCCAUGAGAAGAACAUAGAUUUGGAGCAAUUGUUUAUUGAAUAUCAAGUGGAGAUCAGUACACAUAUUCUCCGUUUGCUAGACAUUAACGAUAAUUUUGACAAUUUGGGCGACACUCUCAAGAAUACAAUGUCUGUGUUUGGCAUUAAUAUACUUCCGCGCGAACUCAUCAAACAUAUUGUCCCGCAUUUUGUUCACAAAUGCAACCAAACGACCGAAAAAUUUGUCAGUGAAAUCGCCCGCAUCGACGACAAGGCUGUCUGCGAUAUCAUCAAAAUCUAUUUGAUUGAUAUCAUUGAGUAUCUCUUCUACUCCACCAACAGAAUCGACAAAUCGUUUGAAGAGAUCCAAAGUCGGAUCGAUCUCUUGAAACUCAUAUUGGAUUUCGAUAUAAAGCCCCGCAUUUAUGUCACUAUCUUUGAACUGAUGCAGUCAUCACUCAUGCAUUUGUCCACCGAUAGAGAGGCCACACUCGAGGCGAUCGCAUUCAUUCAAUACUAUCGGCGCAAUCAAAGCGAUUCCAACUAUGAUUUGCAGCGUUUCUUCGACAACGAGGAAGAGCUGAGGGAAGUAUUGGUUGACUUCUUCCUACCGUUUGUACACAAAUUUGAUUUAGUAAUUCAGGACAACUCUGUGUCCACAAUAGACAAACUCAAGUGCACACAGAGUUUCAUUAGUCUAAUGGCUAUAAUGGGAAAAAACCAUUUGAAUACAUAUCGAGUGAAACUCUUUUCGACCAUUAAAUUAAUAUUAAGCGAAAGAUUUCAUACGAAUAAACCGCAGAUGAAGUUGAAUGUGGAAGUGUUGAUGCAAUACAUUCAGAUGAUUGAACCGUCGUAUUUGGCCGACCAGUUGUUGACGAUAUCGGCGCUCACUUUACCACUCAUACACCUCUGGCCACAGGAGACGAAGAAAGUGUUUCGGGAACUCAUUGUGCGAAACAAAACCAAUGAGAACUUCAAGAAAGCGUUCAAACAUUUGUAUUUCAUUCCGGACUGCAAUGAACUGAAAGAAGUGACGGAUGUUCUCAAGCAAUACAUCACAUAUAGAGAUGCGGAGAAAGACAUCUUUUUGAACAUUACAUUUGUUGUCAAUAACAUUAACCACGAGAACAAUCGAGUCCAAGAGUUUUCGCUGCGGGAACUGUUGAAGCUAUUGACGAAACACCAGUCGUUGAUCUAUAAGAAGUGCAAUAAAGUGAAAGAAUUAAGUGUCGAUUACUUUGUCAACAAAAUUGUCGCCAAAUUAAUGGUGUGUAUGAAGUCUAACGAUGAGAAUGUGCUUCAAUUGGUGGCCCAGUGUUUGGGCGUUUUGGGAGCCAUCGAUCCGUUGAGAAUCGAUUUGGAAAAACCGAUUAUCUCUAAGGAAGAGAAGUUGGAAAAGUUUCUCAACGCAAACGAUCACGAAUUUAAGGUCAUUUUGAUCAGAAAUCUGUACCGAGCGGUCACUACAGCCACCAAAACCGGUGAUCAAAACUGCAUUUCGUUCACAUUGCAAGAGAUUGUCAAAGAUUUGAAGAGCGAUGGCUUUAAUUUGGACACUUUGCCCACAGAACACAGGGAUUAUUGUCGUCUGUUGUGUAAAACCAAAUACAAAACCGUCAAAUCUAUUCCCAUUACAGACACAAUGACGCGCCAGAUAUUUGGCUCCGAACCGGAGCUUCAGUACAACGAUUGGCUCAAACUAUGGCUCCAAACACUGUUCCAGGCCUUCAUCUUUAAUCACGAACACGACUGCGAAAACAGUCAAUACAACGAAAAUUUGUCGCAGUUUUCUGGCCAAUGCUCUCAACGCUCGGAUCUCUUUGAGGCCGAAUUGGCCAAAGCGUUGACCAGUAAUUCAAUUAAAAUUAAAUUACUGAACGUAACGUAUUUGUCACUAAUUCGCGACCAAAGUAUGGCUCAAUUUAUGUUACCAUAUGUUGUGAUCACUGCCUUAAAGAACGCAACUCUCGAGCAAAAGAACCAUAUUGUGAAUGAAGUGAAGACUAUUAUCACUAAACUAAAGGACAGCAACGAUCUGAUGCUUGAGGGAGAGAUCGGACACUUGAGCUCACAAACAGUGUUUCACAUUUACGACUACUUAAAGGUUUGGCACAAAAAGCGGGUACUUUUGCACAAAAGAGUUUGUUCGACGCCAAGACAUCUAAAGACCGCCCGAUUGAAAGACCGCGAGUUCAGAGGCGUUGAGUACUUCUUGAACAACAUAUCGACUAAAGAUCUGUCAGAUCUGGCGUUUAAAUGCAACGCGUAUUCGCGCUCUUUGCGAUAUCUCGAGGAAUACGUGAAAACAGAUGAAAUGGUGUUUCAAGAGGCGAUUCCUAUGUUUCAGGAGAUAUUCUUACGUCUGGAUGAACCCGAUUCGGUGGUCGGAUGCAAUUCGAAGCGAAUCGGGAGACCGAAUAUCAACGAACGAAUUCUGACCCACGAAGCGAUGGGACAGAUCCAGGAGGCGAUGCUGUGUUGCGCGAAAGCCGUCGAACACAAUCCGAGUGAUCUUAAACUCCAACAAAAGUAUUUACAGAAUUCGAUGGAAAACUUCGAUCAAUCGGAACAGGUUUACACUUACGGCUGCGGUCUUAUGGCCCGAAAGCCAGAAUGGCAGCGAAGUUUAGCCCCGUUUGUGAUCGAAGCCGUCUGGAAGUUAGGCGAUUGGACACAAUUGGAUCAAAUACUUAAACAAUACGAUUCCACGUGUUUGACGACAUUUGGUUCCGGAAUCGGAGACUUAUUUAAUACAAUAAUUAAUGAGAAAGAGAUUGAAUUUGACGAGAAGAUGACUAAUUUGCGCAGAGGUCUGGUCGGCCCCCUCUCGGCCGCCGCCACUGAGAUCAGCGGUUAUGUGAGGGGACACGAGUAUAUCGUAAAUCUGCACAUUUUGAAUGACAUUCAAUUGGUUUACAAUAAACUAAUGGCAGAACUCGACGAAGACGUGUCACCGAUCGACACAUUGAGGGAUAAAUUCUCAAAAGUGAUUAACAUUUGGAAUCAACGAAACGAUUUGGUGAGAAAGACAGUGAAAUGUCAGGAACCGAUACUUAACGCACAGAGAGCUAUGCUCUCGAUUCUGGCACAACGAGCCGAGAGUGCAAACCUCUCACUCGAUAUUAAGAAACAAUUAUUCAAAUCAUGGCUAAUGAGUACAAAGACUUCGCGCAAAUCAGGGAAUAUCCAAAGAAGUUAUACAUUUUUGCUCGAAAUGAACAAAAUUCGCGAUUCAAUGGCCAUUACUUUUGGCGAUGUGUUUGAGUCAACCGUCAGUCCGUUGUCUGAUUUGGAGAAUUGCGAAGCGAUUCUCGAAACCGCAAAAAUAGAGUGGAAUAAGAAUAAAAUUGGUGCUAUUCAAUAUCUGAAGAGUCAAAUCGAGCAGAAUUACAGCUCAUCGCACAGUUUCUGCAUACAGAGAGCUGUGAGUAAACUUAACGACUCGUUUUCGACCGAAGAGUUGAUUGAAUUGCGAAGCUCUAUGUCAUACGGAAGCGCUUCGAUACCGAGUUAUCAGUCGUCGAUGGCGUCGACGGGUGGCGACUCGACUCGAGACCAGAGCACUGACGAAGCGUUCGCUAAAUUGCAAUUAUUGCACGCAAAGUAUUGCGAACAAAACGGUCUCUUGAAUCAAAACAGUUUAGCCAUUUUGUAUAAAGUGGUCACAAUAGCGGCGCCGCAGUCCGAAGAAAGCCAUUACAAUCUCGGAAUGUUUUGCCACAGGAUUUACAAGAACUACGAAGAGUCCAAACGCCAGAACCAGAAGUUCACAUUAGGAAAGGCCGACGAGAUUCUGCAGAUGAAAGGCCGGGCCGUCAGUUCCCUCAUCGAGUCAUUGAAAUAUGGCGUCAAAUACGCGCACAAUUCACUGCCACUUCUACUUAACAUGUGGUUUGAUUUGGGCUCAGAUCACAACCAAAUCAACCAAAGAUCAAGAAGCGGUUCUUCAACACAGCAAUACUCGGAAGAAAUUCGCAAAACAAUUGAGAAAAUUAAUAAUGCAAUCGGAGGUCUGUUGGCAAACGUUCCGCUCUAUAUAUUCUUCAUAGUGUUCGCACAGUUGACGGCCCGUGUAUUGCAUCCAAACAUGUCGAUCAGCGCAAUGCUUAAGAGAAUAAUCUCUAAACUGAUUGCCAGUUAUCCACAGCAGACAAUGUGGCUAUUGAUGCGAUCGUAUAACUCGGCGAACGCCAACCGUAGGAACUGUUUCCGCGCUAUUGUCGAGAAGUCCUAUCUGUUGCCAGAAGGAGGCACCGAUCAAACGCUAUUGAAAUUUGUUAGCGAUAUCAUUAAGUUUUCCAACCUUUUGACCACAAUGUCAGCAAAGGGUGCGAUGAGUGGUCAGAGAGUCCCGCGCGGAACCAAAUACAUGACACUCUCUCGAGAUUUUCCCGAAUUGCAUCGACUAUUAAAGUCCAACUCUUUUAGCAAAAUACUGCUUCCAUUCCGAUCGCUAGUCUCCGUAACACUUCCCAAAUCUAUUCACGAAACCAAUUACAACCCGUUCCCCACUGAAGACGUUUAUAUCCAUAAGUUUGAAGAUAACAUUGAAUUAUUACUUUCGCUUCAAAGACCGAAAAAGGUUUCGAUCGUUGGAAGCGAUGGCAAAACGUAUACAAUUCUCUGCAAACCCGGCGAUGACUUACGCAAAGACUAUUGUUUUCUUGAAUUUUGUAAUCUAUUGAAUCGUUGCUUUAAACGCGACGCCGAGUCCCGAAAGCGUCAGUUAAGAGUGAAAACAUAUUUAGUGGUCUCUUUGACCGACACGUGCGGACUCAUCGAAUGGAUACCGGGAUUAGCGCCGUUCCGAUCCAUAGUCGAGGGCCAGUAUAGGCUCAAAGAAUACGAUUAUGACUCGACCAAAGACUUGCUAAUCAAGAAUUAUCCGUUACAUACACUGCCGAAGGCCGACAGAGUCCGCAAAUUCCAGACCGAAAUACUGCCCAAAUUCCAGCCCUCGGUAUUCGGCAAUUGGUUUGUCAGCAAUUUUACGGACCCGUUGUCGUGGUUCGCCGCUCGUCUGGCGUACACUCGUUCCAGCGCUGUGUACAGUAUUGUCGGUUAUCUGUUGGGUUUGGGUGACCGACACGGAGAGAACAUCAUGAUCGAGGAGUCCACCGGCGAAACAGUUCACGUCGACCUCAACUGUAUGUUCAAUAAGGGCGAGGAGUUUCAGGUGCCAGAGAGGGUGCCCUUCAGACUCACGCAUAAUAUGAUUCACGCGAUGGGAGUCAUAGAAUACGAGGGAACGUUCCGUAAGGCCUGCGAACACGCGUUACGAGUGGCCAGAGAUAACAAGGAGGCGGUCAUGAACUUUGUGAGCCCUUUUCGUUUUGACCAUUUGAUUGAGUGGUCGACAAAGAAUUCCGAUGUCCGACAAUCGUCCUCUGAAUUCACUCUCGAGAUUAGCGACAAUAUUGUGUUCAACAUUGAGGCCCGACUUAACGGUAUUCCGUCCCGUAAUGAUCGUAAUCUUCCCAAAGGCGUCGCCCUUUCCGUUGAGGGACAGGUGGACACAGUUAUCAAAGAAGCGACGGAUAUAAACAAUUUGGGCGUUAUGUACGUCGGGUGGACGGCAUAUAUUUGAAUUCAUUACACAUUUGUUAUUAUCAAAUUCAUAGAUUAUAAUAUGAAUACAGUAUUUAUUUUUCCCGCAAUCAACUCA